UUCGAUUGUACGAUUCUUGACGCGCGCACGUGUUCGUGAAUAGACAUCAGCGAACGGUUUCGUCUUCGUCAUUUUUCCCUUCGUAUAAUCGUAUUUACCUAUACAAUUGCACAACGAGUACGCAAUUAAUUAAUACAAUUAAUUAAUUAAUUAAUUUAGAUCGCAUCGCGAUUAUCUCCUCGAAACCGCGUCAACGAGUUUCUUUCUUUCGGGGGAAAAAGAAUUGACCAUUGUUUUCGUUUUCGUGGAUUAUUGUUUUCGUUUUAAAGUGCGUAAUUCUCAAUAUUUAUUUAUACGCAUGGUCGUGCGGAGAUAUGUCACGCUGUUAGGUGGUAGGGAUGUUCCACGGUAGAACAACACAUGACACCAGAAAAACACCACAGUUUCCGCGUGACCUGCAUACAUAUCGCGUCGAUGCUACGCGCGGGUCAAUUUUUGAGGAGCCGCGAUAUCGCGGAGCGCCGCCGCGUUAAUUUACUUGUAAUUUAUUAUUGAAACAUUGAGUAUCGCCUCGUCGUAUCGUGCACAACAAAUCGCGCAGAUAUAAAAUGCUGUUGUUUCUCAAUUACGCUUAAACAAACAAUUUUAAGUAUCACUUAUAUGAUACCGUCAAUGUCGCGAAUUUCACAAAAUUCUGACAACGCGACAAAGUCAAAGUCGCUAUAAAAAAAGAGAAAUAAAACAGAUAAUGAGAGAUUUAUUACGCCUAUUAUCGUACGAGCAAAAGUGCGUUUCAGUCAUGUUAAUCGGAAAUUUCUUACUAAUUGCGGCGCUCCUCGUCGUGAGUUUCGCGUCGGGAGAGACGACGACUUACUCGCGUGUUUCGCGCGUACUCGGAGUAAACGGCGACCGAUGGUCUCGUGUGAGGAAACGUCAAGAGGAGCCGAAAUAUUUCGAGCAGUGCCAUUCCGUCAACAUAUGGAGAGAACACCUCGGUCAUGUGUGUGUUUUGGCCUUCUUGGAUCCCUCCUGGCAAUACAGCUUCAGACAAGCCGUCAUGCUGAACGUAUUGAGCUCGCGCAUGCGGAAAUCUGGUUUCCCGGAUAUCCGGUUUUUCGCGAUAUCACCGCCGCCCGACCUGACGCAGGACGAUACCGAGGAUGACGAGGAGAUUGAGGCAUGGAGGCAGAUAGCAACGAUGUUCCCUGAUACGGAGAAUUUUGUGAACAUCAAUGCUGACAUUUUCAAGGAAGGCAACUCGGAAAUAAUCUUCCUUCGGGACGGUCCACAGUUACAAAUAUGGAAGACAUUCCGCGCGUCGAAGGAUCAAGUGGUCGUCAUCGAUCGCUGCGGCAGAUUAACGUAUCAGGUGAUAGUGCCGUGGAGCAUUUUACACUUGCCUUACGUGAAAGCGACUAUUCUGUCCACGUGUCUGGAGGACCCGUGCGGUGGAUGCGACUCCUCCACGUACAAACUGCUAGACGACAAAGAAUACCUUUCUGGUUUAACGAACGGCACCGAAAGGGAAACCGAUCCAGGCAAAGCCGACAACAUAGACGCCGAUCCGAUCCGGACCACCGAGCGUUUGGGGAACGCCACUUCCCAACUUGGCUAUCUGGGUUUGCGUCUGAACGAGUCAUUAGAGGAGGAGCACACAGAGAGCAACAUACCCCCGUUCCGACCGACGAGGCAACAGAUAAUGCUGACCGUCUUGAUCUCGCAGGCCCAGCGAGACUACCUUUGGGUCGCGGAGGACGAUCCCGCACGGCAAGGGAUGUUCACGCCGAGAAAAAAUGAUUCCGCGAACUACGGGGAGAUGAAGGAUCGCGUUUUGAUGCUGGACGAGCCGGCGACUGGCGACAACGUCACGGGCGCCGAUGGCAUUUCCACGAUAAAAAUGACGAUUUCCGAUGACGCGGAUGACGGCGAGGCCUCGGGCAGUGAUGGCAAUGCAAAUAACAGCUCUGACAAUUUGAGCGAGCGCGGACAAAGCGAUUCAGUCGGUAGUUACGAAGAUCGGGAUGGCGAAAAGACGAGGAAGUAUACGCACUUGAUCCUGAGGACCGACGAUCCUGAUUAUCACGGGCACCUCGAUUCCGGGUUCAGUGUUACGCCGGCAGACUCGUCGCGGGCUAGCGAUCUUCAAGUAGGAUCGAAUUCCAAGGAACACGAUCAAGCGGGGAUCAAAAUAAACCAACAUACAGGAGACACCUUGGGAGACACUGAUCAGAAUUAUAUCUUCGAUCGAGACGAGAGUCCGGGAUUGUACGGAGAAGUAGGGGACUAUUGGAGGAGUUACGAAAACAGCGAUAUUACCGAUAGGAAUGAAACGUCUAAUGAUAAUUAUAAUAAUACAACGAUUAGUCACAACGAACAACAGCACGGCAACGCCACCGAGCAUUCGGUGAAUGUUUCAAAGUCAUCGAAAGCGGAUAAGAAUUACUCAAAUGAAAAAAUUACAAUGGAUAUAAAUGCGGAGACGGAUUCUGUUAAUCCACCAAAUAUCGUUGGACGUCAAUGUCGCGAAUUUCACAAAAUUCUGACAACGCGACAAAGUCAAAGUCGCUAUAAAAAAAGAGAAAUAAAACAGAUAAUGAGAGAUUUAUUACGCCUAUUAUCGUACGAGCAAAAGUGCGUUUCAGUCAUGUUAAUCGGAAAUUUCUUACUAAUUGCGGCGCUCCUCGUCGUGAGUUUCGCGUCGGGAGAGACGACGACUUACUCGCGUGUUUCGCGCGUACUCGGAGUAAACGGCGACCGAUGGUCUCGUGUGAGGAAACGUCAAGAGGAGCCGAAAUAUUUCGAGCAGUGCCAUUCCGUCAACAUAUGGAGAGAACACCUCGGUCAUGUGUGUGUUUUGGCCUUCUUGGAUCCCUCCUGGCAAUACAGCUUCAGACAAGCCGUCAUGCUGAACGUAUUGAGCUCGCGCAUGCGGAAAUCUGGUUUCCCGGAUAUCCGGUUUUUCGCGAUAUCACCGCCGCCCGACCUGACGCAGGACGAUACCGAGGAUGACGAGGAGAUUGAGGCAUGGAGGCAGAUAGCAACGAUGUUCCCUGAUACGGAGAAUUUUGUGAACAUCAAUGCUGACAUUUUCAAGGAAGGCAACUCGGAAAUAAUCUUCCUUCGGGACGGUCCACAGUUACAAAUAUGGAAGACAUUCCGCGCGUCGAAGGAUCAAGUGGUCGUCAUCGAUCGCUGCGGCAGAUUAACGUAUCAGGUGAUAGUGCCGUGGAGCAUUUUACACUUGCCUUACGUGAAAGCGACUAUUCUGUCCACGUGUCUGGAGGACCCGUGCGGUGGAUGCGACUCCUCCACGUACAAACUGCUAGACGACAAAGAAUACCUUUCUGGUUUAACGAACGGCACCGAAAGGGAAACCGAUCCAGGCAAAGCCGACAACAUAGACGCCGAUCCGAUCCGGACCACCGAGCGUUUGGGGAACGCCACUUCCCAACUUGGCUAUCUGGGUUUGCGUCUGAACGAGUCAUUAGAGGAGGAGCACACAGAGAGCAACAUACCCCCCGUUCCGACCGACGAGGCAACAGAUAAUGCUGACCGUCUUGAUCUCGCAGGCGUGACGGAAUUGUCCGUCGAGCCUGGAAUUACUUAUCAAUUCGAUAACGAUACGACCGAGUCUUCCAUCGGGGAAAGUCAUCCGGGUAGCCAAGGAACGUCGACAAAUUCAAACCCAGCCAGCGAGACUACCUUUGGGUCGCGGGAGGACGAUCCCGCACGGCAAGGGAUGUUCACGCCGAGAAAAAAUGAUUCCGCGAACUACGGGGAGAUGAAGGAUCGCGUUUUGAUGCUGGACGAGCCGGCGACUGGCGACAACGUCACGGGCGCCGAUGGCAUUUCCACGAUAAAAAUGACGAUUUCCGAUGACGCGGAUGACGGCGAGGCCUCGGGCAGUGAUGGCAAUGCAAAUAACAGCUCUGACAAUUUGAGCGAGCGCGGACAAAGCGAUUCAGUCGAUAAGACUAGUGAAAUCGAGGAUGCCGCACGUACCGGAGACGUGCGCUUUCUUCCUCUGCCUCUGCGUAUAAUUAUGUAUGCACCGCACGUGCACAGGGAUGGCGAAAAGACGAGGAAGUAUACGCACUUGAUCCUGAGGACCGACGAUCCUGAUUAUCACGGGCACCUCGAUUCCGGGUUCAGUGUUACGCCGGCAGACUCGUCGCGGAUUCGGAUUCUCAGUGAUCAUGUAAAUCUUCAGGCUAGCGAUCUUCAAGUAGGAUCGAAUUCCAAGGAACACGAUCAAGCGGGGAUCAAAAUAAACCAACAUACAGGAGACACCUUGGGAGACACUGAUCAGAAUUAUAUCUUCGAUCGAGACGAGAGUCCGGGAUUGUACGGAGAAGUAGGGGACUAUUGGAGGAGUUACGAAAACAGCGAUAUUACCGAUAGGAAUGAAACGUCUAAUGAUAAUUAUAAUAAUACAACGAUUAGUCACAACGAACAACAGCACGGCAACGCCACCGAGCAUUCGGUGAAUGUUUCAAAGUCAUCGAAAGCGGAUAAGAAUUACUCAAAUGAAAAAAUUACAAUGGAUAUAAAUGCGGAGACGGAUUCUGUUAAUCCACCAAAUAUCGUUGGAGUAAAUAAGAUCAAUUCUUUGGGAACAACAAUUAAUGAAAAUGAACAAAUCGAUAGGGAAGACGAGGCACGAAACAAAUUAAUCGAACAUUAUAAUAAACUCCUGACUUGGAUUAAUUACAGAUUAAAUUAAAGCGCAUUUACUUAGAAACGUUAUUUUAUUGAUAAAAUGUAUGAACUCUCUUUUAUCAUAGGUAAACUUUUGUAUAUUAUUUUUUACACAAAUAUAAAUUCAACAUGAUUUACA